AUGUCUCUUCAACCUUUCUGGCGGCUGGGUGGCCUCAGAGCACUAGUCACCUCUGCGACAAAUCAAUUACGGACGUUUUCUUCGUCUCAUGCGGCCAAGGGAUAUUCUCUCGACCCAGCCAAGCGACGUGCACAGAUGGACCGAUACAAUGAGGCGAGAAGACUCAAGCGCCAGACCGAUCCAGAAUACUUGAAGAGGGACAGGGACUUCGACCGCGAGGCAAGCAGGAAACGGACAGAGGAGCAAAGAAAAAGCCACAUGGAACUCAUGCGCAACAAUAACAAGAAGCGCUACGCUCGAGAUCCGGUCUUCAGACUUGGCAAAUUCUUGCAUCAAUCGUUGAGAAAUCACGCGUGUUUCAGGGAAAAGUUGCCAUGGAAGUCUCAUUUGCCUGUUCAGUACGAGCACAAGGUCCUGCAUUCAUGCAGCAGAUGUGUGGUGACUAGAUUUGGAGGAGCGCGAGUCUGGUUAGUACUUUGA